AUUUUUAGCCCUACAGAUCAAUGAGUCAGUUCGAGGCGGUGUCAAAGUGCUUCAUCUGUUUAAACAAAAAUGGAGAAGAUUCUAUUCGUUUGGUUGCUCUUGAGCACUAUCCAAUGUGCACUUUCAGCAGAAAUUAGUUUUCGAUGGUGCGCAUUACCUAAGGAAAAAGCCAAGUGCGAUGACUUUAUGAAACACGUAAAUGCGACUGCUCAAAACAUGACAUUGACCGUGAAAGCCAGUUGUGUCGAUGGAACUGACGCUGACGAUUGCAUGGAAAAGAUCAACAAAGGCGUGGCUGAUCUGGUGACUUUGGAUGGUGGAAACACUUACUCAGCAGGUGAAAAAUAUGACUUCAGGGUCAUUGUCUCUGAGCAGUAUGGCGAGUACGAUGUGAAAUACUACGCUGUUGCCAUUGUGAAAAAGGCAAACACAGGCUUCGACUUGAAGACUCUUAAAGGAAAGAAGUCUUGCCACACUCAAGCUGAUAAGAAUGCAGGUUGGAAAAUUUCCGUGGGAUUUUUGUUACGCUCAGGGAUUAUGGACCCCGUGGAUUGUGCGAACCCUUACAAGUCAUACUUGUCAGCUUCAAAGUUCUUCAGUGAGAGCUGUGUCCCACGUACCAAAUGUAAAGUAAGUGCAGACGUCUACCAGAAGGUCCAAAACCUCUGCAGUCUGUGUGACGGUCCUGAAGAUGACAAGUGCACUGUAAGCUCUUCCGACUACCAUAAAGAGGCCUUCAAAUGCAUGAAGGAUGGCAAGGGUGACGUGGCUUUUGUGAAAAUCGAGAUGGACUCACCAAAGCCUUUCUAUGAUGAGGCUAACAAGACCGCAUACCAGUACUUGUGCGCGAAUGGAGGGAGAAUGGAAAUUGGACACCAAAAAGAAUGCAAUCUCGGCGCAAGUCCUGCACAUGCAGUGGUUACGAGGAAGGAAAACUCUGACAUCGAAGACAUCAUCAAAAUAUUAACGGCCAUGAGUGACAAGUACGGCAGGAAACAGACCAACUGGAAUGAUUUCCAGCUCUUCAACUCCACGAAAUAUGACGGCGGGAAAAAUUUGAUCUUUAAAGAUGCAACCACAGCACUCAAAGGUAUAGCGACGGAUGAUCAGAGCUAUAUGGGUUACCUUGGAGACGUAUAUGGCAAAGAUGUGAAGGCGCUGACAUCCUGCGAUCACCUGAGCUCUACAUCUACUAUGAUUUCGCCCGUCACCGCGUUUUUGCUGAUUACAGCUGUGCUGAACGCUCUGCUAAUGUAGGAACUGAAGGGGAACGAGCGUGAUAACCGUCAUAGUUAGCUCUGAGGUUAGAUUUUGAAAGCAAGUUUCAUGUGAGCCGUUCAUGGAAACCGUUGUUCCCAAUAAAUAAUCGUUUUUCUCUGA